UCUCGCCUCCCGUCGUCUUCCCUGGUGUGUUCCGAGAGAAGAUCGCUGACGCGAGAAGGAAAAAACCCAGAAUUUCUGAUCGUAAUCUUGUACAAGGAAUAAUAUAUCAUCAGAGAGGAUACCGUGAGUUUUUCUUUCGGGCCCAUGGUUUCUGCAAUUUCUGAUCUCUGUAGCUGCCGUAGAUCUCCUCCCAGGAGGAUGGCAAAUGUUUCAGUUUUGGAAGAUUUGACUGCGCUUUCUUCCUCUUCCUCUAAUUUUGAUGAACGUUUGGGUCUGGAUUACGCCAUGGAGACGAGCUGUCCGUCCAAUGGAGACUGUACUGAGGUUCAAGAGGCUUGUAGCGGUGGGUCAGUAUCAUAUCAGGAAAAGGGUCACUCGGGAUAUGCCCCGUAUGUGACUGGAUGGACGUAUGUCAAUCAGCAAGGCCAAAUGUGUGGCCCUUAUAUACAACAGCAGUUGUAUGACGGACUAUCAACUGGGUUUUUACCCGAUGAUCUUCCUGUAUAUCCAAUUAUCAGUGGUUAUAUGUCAAAUCCUGUACCGUUAAAAUUCUUCCGACAGUUUCCUGAUCAUAUUAUGACUGGUUUUACAUAUCUACAAGCUGGAAUUCCCAGUGCAGUUCCUCCUCCGAACUCUCUUAUUUCUUCCAGCGGUAAUGCCAUAGUCCCUAAACGUGAGGGUCAAACAGAGCAUGCGACUUCUGCUACACAUUUGAAUUCGGACAAGGAACUUCCUCCUCAGGCCAAUCAUAAUGGCCAUAUCUUGGAUCAGUCAACCUUAAACCAGGAAGAAGUUGAUCGUUUUACAUCAUCAAUUACAUCGGGGCAUGAACAUGCUUGUUGGUAUAUUGUGGACAAUGAGGGUAAGGACCAUGGUCCACAUUCUCUAUCAGAGCUUUAUUCUUGGCGCCACUAUGGGUAUCUUCAUGAUUCAGUUAUGAUACAUCAUGCUGAAAAUAAGUGUAGACCCAUCUCAUUAGCAUCCCUAAUCGUGUCAUGGAAAGCAAAAUGUGGUGUCACAGAUUCAGGGGUGGACUUCAUAUCUGAAAUUUCUGAAGCAGUUUCUUCUCAGCUUCAUAAUGGUAUAAUGAAGACAGCCAGAAGAGUUCUACUGGAUGAAAUCAUCAGCAGCGCCAUUUCAGGCUUCGCUGAUGCCAGGAAAAGUGAUUCACAUGUCGAUUCUGGACCAUUUACUUCUGCUGCCUGUGCUGCUGGAAUCAUCUCGUCUCAAGCUAGUAAAGAAAAGGAGAAGACUAUCUUCACGACCGAAACAACAGUCUGUGGAAAUGUAUUGAAUGAGUGUGAACAUAAACCCAUAGCUACUCACUUGCUGGAAGCUUCUAAAUCUGUUGGAAGCAUUGAGAAUUUUCAGGCUUCUUGCUCAGCUGUUUGUAGAGUAAUUUAUAUUCACUGCAUGCAAGUCGCAUGGAAUGCUGUCUUUUAUGACACUGUGGCAGAUUAUUCAUCAGCUUGGAGAAAGGAAAAACUUUGGUUUUCUUCUCCUGAAAUCUCAGCGCAAGCAAGAAACUACGGGGGUUCCCAGGGAAAUGUUUCAUUGAAUCCUGAUUCACAAUUGACUUGUAGGGUGUCUUCCUCAUCUUGCAAUGUUGAUUGCUCUGCUGAAGUUGAGAUUGCUACCACGACAGCCAGCAAUUGUACAGAGUCAUCAAGACAAGGUGUCAUUGGAACUAUCUCGGAAGGUGUAGAAAACGAGCUCUUUUUCUCUCUUGAAACCUGCCUGACCGACUAUAUCAGUGUGCUUGUUGAGGAUGAAGCGAAAAGAAUGACACUUACUGUCCGAGACAAGUCAAUUCAAAAGGAAAACGUAUCACCUAGCAACAAUUCCCUUGGCAAGCAAGCUAGUCCUGAAUUGUCUGGAGGAACAAUGGGUAGUUUAACCGUAUCUUCUGGAUUUGUUGUGUGCAAUGAUUCCCAGAAUCCGUUGCAAGAGGGUGACUCGUCUCAGAAGUUCACAUGCGGGAAUGCUAUGGCUAGUAUUUUUGGUAUUGCAGUCAAGGAAUCACAUAAAUCUGUUGUUGAUGUGAUCCAUGAGCCAGAUAUUUAUGGGUUACAUCCUCCUGGAUCUGAAAACAACAUCGAAAUGCCAUCUCUACCCUGUAAAUUCUGGCCUUUAAGGUCUAAAGAAUGCAGUCCCAAGAUAAAAGAAUAUGUUGCAAUGGCUUUGUGCAGGCAGAAGCUACAUGAGAAUGUUUUGAGGGAUUGGAAGUCAUUGUUUGCAGAAUGUUCUCUCCGACAGUUCCUUGCUUCAUGGCAUAGCAUGCACUCUGGUUCUUACAAAACAGAGACACAGAAGGGGAGCCAUGAACUUUCUCGCAAGAAAAAAUUGGCCCGUGGGAAACUCGGGACAUCUACUCGAAAUGUGAAGUCCGUGAAGUCCUGUUUACAGAAUCGCACUGCUGAGAAGCCAAGGAGACUCAAAAAUUUUGGAGAUGUAUCAAAUGGCAAUGGAACAAGAAAAACUGCCAAGUCUUCUGAAAAGACUAUGAUAAAAAAGGGCUCUAAAAAAUCAUCUACAAGUUCUCAGCCCUGUAAAGAAAAUGCUGAAGGUAAUACAUCCAAUGAAGAUCUCUUGGUUCGGAAGCAAAGUCAAUGGAACAUGUCAGAGGUUGACAGUCAAGUUCAAAAUAAAAUUAACAUGAAGCGCUCCUCAAAAUUUUGGAAAGAAAAGGUUCCCAAUGGGGAUCUUAAUAAGGUGAUCUCCAAGAAACGCCAAGAUGUUGGGAGGGAGGAAGAUUCUGAUGAUGAUCUACCUAUAGCAAGAUUAAAGACGGCAUCAAGGAAUAAGGCCAGAGAAUUUAUCGGAGAUACGAAUGCUGCAAAAUCCUGUGAGGUUGAAGCAAACUCCGCUGAGGAUUCUGGGGAGGCAUUUGAUUGCAAAGGCUGUGAGACAAGGCUCGAUGAUUCCCGGAAGAAAGCACUAAAACCAGCCAACGUGACUUCAAGGCUGAAGAGGAAACAUAUGUCAGUUAUCGAAGUCAGAGACGUAGGCACAAAAUCAUCCAACAAAACUGUCGGAGGUUUAGCUGAGAUUUCUGGACAGGAACUUGGCGGAGAAGACCUAGAUGUUGGAAUCAAGGAAAAGCUUGCAUCUCAGUCACUCAGUAAGAGGCGAAAAAAAGAUGCUGCAAAUCCUUGUGGAGAGAUGUCAACCUGUACUGGGAAUUCUGAGAAAGUAGCUAAGAGGAAAAACAAUGACGAAAAGCUUGCACAUGGUGUAUCUCAGAAGACACAAAACUUAUCAAAGUCAUCAAAGAUGAAAAGGAAGCAUUCACAGGGUGAAAAAGCUGCAGAAGUUUCAAAACCUUACUGUCAGAAGUUAUCUGCCUCUUCAGAGGUUACAGAGAACACUACUGAUAAGAAAGGCAGUGAUGUUGGAAGUGAAGAAAAGCCUUCUCCCAAUUCCUUCAAUAAGACGCUGAAAGCUAAAAAAAAAUCAAAGCUUAAAGAAAAGCUAUUUGCAGAUCAUAUUAGGGAGGCUCCUCCCUUGACGGCUUUGAAAAUGGAUGAUGACAGCAAUAGACAGACUUCAUUAAAACAAGUUGCAAAGCUGGGAUCAAAGCUAAGCAAAAAAAGGAGGUUAACUUCAUGGCCUAAGUCGGAUGUAUGUGCUCGCACAUCUAUUAAUGGCUGGGAAUGGCAUGCGUGGUCAUCAAAGGCUAGUCCUGCACAAAGAGCUCAUGUUAGAGGAAGUUCAUGUAUCCACCUUCAACACUUAGGUUCUGAGAACAGUGUGACUCAGAAAGUUCUUUCUGCAAGAACUAAUAGGGCCAAGAUGCGUAAUCUUCUUGCUGCUGCAGAGGGCGCUGACCUCUUGAAAAUUUCGCAGUUGAAGGCUAGGAAAAAGCGCUUGCGGUUUCAGCGAAGUAAUAUUCAUGACUGGGGACUUGUCGCAUUAGAACCUAUUGAAGCAGAGGACUUUGUGAUCGAGUAUAUUGGGGAAUUGAUACGUCCAUCGGUAUCUGAUAUACGUGAACAAAAAUAUGAAAAGAUGGGAAUUGGCAGCAGUUAUCUCUUCAGGCUUGAUGAUGGCUAUGUGGUUGACGCUACGAAGCGUGGUGGCAUUGCUAGAUUUAUAAACCAUUCUUGUGAGCCCAAUUGUUACACCAAGAUUAUCAGCGUGGACGGUCAGAAAAGGAUUUUCAUUUAUGCCAAACGGCACAUAGAUACUGGAGAAGAAAUAACUUAUAACUACAAAUUCCCAUUGGAGGAGAACAAAAUACCCUGUUACUGUGGAGCACAGAAGUGUCGUGGAUCCCUGAAUUAGGAUCACCAUGUUUGAAUUGAUUCAGAGAACAUGGACUUUUAUGUUACUGUUCUGCGGGUGCUGUCAUGGUAUACUCUACUCCCCUAGUGUUGCUCCUUUUGUAUCAUUUGCCUGAAGCCUGCAAUGGUGCCCGAGGUCUAGCUCCCAGGCUUGGAAUCUAGUUUUGUGACUGAAUUUUCUACUCACUUGUGAUGAUAUGCGAUUUUUUCGCCGGAGCUGGUUGGAAGAUUCAUUUAUUUGACAUGUCUGGGAAAGAGGCAAAGUGUUGUUUGUGCCUCGAAACUUCAGCUUGGGCAGUGUUAACUCGGAGUUACGAGAUGAUCUCCUCUUCCAGAGAUUUCGGUUUUAAUUGCCAAUGAUCGAAUUCACUGUGGAAGUUUUACUUUUUCACACGGUUUAAUUUACCCCAACAGACGGCACAGAUGCUCUUGCAGGGAUCUCCCCUCCCUCAGCAGAUGAGUUUCUCCUCUUUCACACUGCAAAUCUAUCUUAAUUUUUCUCUGUCGUAACAGACAGUUGGAUACUUGAGAUUUUUGUAUAGACAACCUUUGUAUUCUCAAAAAAACAAAAUUUACAAUAAAAAAAAUACGUUACCAGUGAAUUGAAAUCGCAGGGCGAUAGCAAUCUUGAUUGUUUGUUCAUAAUUAAACGGAUGUAAAUGUAAUGCCGAAAAUGUUUUUUUUUUCCUUUUCCUGAAUCUUACAAACAAAGAUAUGGUUAUGGCAUGGUGCGAAGCACAAUCGGAGACAAAUCUUUGAAGUUAAAAAGUGGCUCUUAGUGUUGGUUUAGAGAGCUUGUUUGGUAAUUUGGAUAACCCUAUUCAUGCAGGGGUUUGCAUGUUUCGUGUUUUGGGUUGCAGGAGUUGGGAUGCUCUUGUGGUGCAUGCUCUCUAGUCUCUAUCAUUCUCGUGGCUCAAUCAACGAGAGGAUUCACAUCCCCUUUGGCAAAAGUGAAACAAAAAACCUAAAUGAAUCGGUACCAAUGCUGAAGGAAACUGUUCAUGCUUGUGUUCGUGGACUCUGGAUAGAGUAGAGAAUGGUUCUCAUCGACCUGUCCAUUUUACAUUGAAAAUAGUGAACAGAAUCUUGCAGACAUUCUUAUGGGCAAGAAAGUAUUGUUUCUAUUAUUGUGAUUUUGACAUUGCAAUUUCUUCUCAUGCCCCUUUUUUUCUUAUGCCUCCA